AUGGAUCAGUUCCCCACCGGAACCGUGUUGACGCUUCUCAUUGUCGGUUGCGCUCUUCUCCUCCUAUACUACAUCUGCCAGAAAUUUGGAGAGUAUCACAACGAUCCUCUUGCCCGAGAGGUCCACGACUAUGAGAUGGGAAGACGUGAAAGACGCGGUGCUAGCUUUGGUUAUGGUGACGGCGACAGGGAAGGAGGAACCGCUGCUGCCAGAGAUAUUGAAAAUGCUACUGCUGGCGGAGCUGGUCGAGCUCUAGAGGGAGAAGAUACUCGAGAUAUUGGUCUGGCUCGCACCCUACCGCUGGAGGGAUGA